UCAAGUUUGCAUAAUGCCUACUCAAUUGCUUUAAAUUCUUUCCGGAUUUUCAAGAAGACUACGAAAAAAAUUGAGAUACCGAUGUUCAAAAAAUUCGUCUCGCGACGCCAAUUCAAAUCUCAAGCAUCUUUAAAUCUUCACGUUCAGCAUUAUUUCACCUGAUCUACCACCUUUUCCGACGAUGCUAGCCCCCUUGAAAUCUCGUUUACGCCUCCUGGCGACCAAAACUCAAAGCGUUCUAAUGGAGGAGACAGCGCGCCUUCCGAAACACUGCGUAGGCAACCCGCUGGACGACUUGAUUCGUAAUUUCUCGCCGAACCUCGCGGCCGGAGAGUUUCUACGGCCGACGGGAGUCUCGAGAACUUCAAAGCAUCGGUUGCACCGCUCGACGUCGCAACAUCGUGAGAAACGAGAGGUCCCACGUUUGUACUUCGUUCAGAACCCCCUGGCGUGGCUCACCAUCAAACUCAACUUCAGGACCUUGCGGCGAACUUGGGAUCCCGACUUCCAGGAGGCAGAUUUCCACCGUGGAACAAAGUAUGCCAUCUCGAGGAUCACGGAGCUGCUCCAGGUGAAGGAUUUCGCGUCGCUGGAGCCGUUGAUGACCCGGGUGGGGCUGGAGCGACUGCGUCAAGACGCGGGGACGUGGGAGGGCGUCGUGAUGGAGAACAUCCGCCUGUCGCCGGAGGACGUCCAGCUGGUCAUCCCGCGACGGAUGACCCUUCAGAGGGUGGUCGAGCGCAAGUUCUGUCACGUGGACGUCGUCUGCGUCGCGCUCAAGUGGAUGGACCAAGGGCUCCAACGUCCUGCUCCCCUUCUCUACGUCGACCUCGUCGCUCGUUUCCGCCGCGACUACUCCCAAGGCAAUGACUCCGACUGGGUCGUCGCCCUCUUCAAGCUCAGGAAGUUCAACACUGUCCAAGCAUGAACCCACCCCGAACAUUCAAUGGAAACACGGAACAAAUUCUUCCUCAAAUGUACGUUUAAACUUUAGAUGCCGAAGAAUUGGACUAAAUAUUCCCAUCGGGAGCUAAUAUUUCUAGCUCUGCCUAGAAAUAACAUAUGUGCUGUGAGAUUAACCGUGCAAAUAGGAGCAUUCACGGAUAAGUCUGAAAUGGUAGUUCCUAGUUGCAAAAUGCAGUCCAAUUUUUUUCACGCAAAGUCCCAAGUUGGGUAAAUUUCACGGCCACAUCUAGAGACUUUGAUUUUGAUAGUUUUUGAGGUGCUAGGUAUCUAGGCAUGUUAUUUCUAUGCCUUUGAAAGUAGAGAAAUAACUUUUUUGGAAACAUAAUGACGCUUCCUCUUUCAACCCUCAUCCGCCGUAUGUACCUCCCCCAGAGAAGAUAGUCGGGUUAGUUUGACACGGUUUGGGAUCGCUUAGAAGUAGUCAUCAAAAAAAAAAAAAAAAAAAAAAAAAAAAAAAAAAAAAAAUCCCUAACACGACACAAAUCUCGCUACAAUACCGGUUGUUAGACGUGCGCCCUUCAUAAUGCUUCAGACCUUUGAACUUUUUUUUUUUCAAAAUGAUUAUUGACUUGAACACAUUAUAUUUUGAGCAAAUUUAACCUUAACUUUGAUCAAAUUUCAAAAAUAAAAGACGGCUCAAAGCGCGUUGAUGGUAUUGCAUACAAAUACUCGUACUUCAUGUAUGUACGUGUUGCAUUUGCUAGAUUAAAAGCGCGAUGGCACGAGGCAUGAACUCGCAAUGGUCAUGCUCCACUCCAUGCUACCAAUGAGGUGUCGCUUAGAUUCGGGAGAAAAAUUUACAAAAGAGUUCCGAUUACGUCUCUCUUAUCUUCGGUUGCUUUACUCACGUAGCCCUUGAAGAACCACUACGAAUAAGACAAACGGAAAUAAUAAACAUAGUUUGGAAACAGCUUAACCGCAAGAAAAAAGAUGCGGUUCGAUGACG